AUGUCUGCACUGCCCACAAAGUACAGCUCUCAUGUCUCUCUUGCCCAAGGGCCAUGUUCCAGACGUAUGAUCUUCAAGCUCAUUGUGGCAGCUGAUACAGGCGUAGAACUUGUUGCAGCAAAAGUGCUUGAUGGCGAUGAUAUCGAGGGGUGA